AUUCAUUUUGAUAUCAAGCAUUUAUUGGUUUUUUUUUUGUCUCAAACGCAUUUACCUUACCCCUGAUGCUUCCACUACGAGUCCGACACACGAGUGACAGAAGUGAAUGAACGAGUCAAAGGAGAGAGGUUUUCAUUCAUCUCGCAUCAGAUCGUUAUCCCAAAAUGCCCGCUUCACCUUCUCCAAGCUUGUGGCUGGCUCCAAAUCCCAGCAAAAGAUGGGGCGAACUCUUCUUCCUUCUCUACACUCCUUUCUGGCUCUCCCUUUCUCUUGGCAUUGUUGUUCCUUUCAAACUCUACGAGAAAUUCACUGAAUUGGAGUAUUUACUUCUUGGUUUGGUCUCUGCACUUCCUGCUUUCCUCAUUCCAAUGCUGCUGGUUGGUAAGGCGGAUAGAGGCGUAUCUUGGAAUGACCGUUAUUGGGUCAAGGCCAGUCUCUGGAUAAUUAUCUUUAGUUAUGUUGGGAAUUAUUUCUGGACUCAUUACUUUUUCACAGUUCUGGGCGCAUCUUAUACCUUUCCAUCAUGGAAAAUGAACAAUGUACCACACACAACAUUCUUGCUCACUCACGUUUGCUUUCUCUUUUAUCAUGUUGCAUCAAACAUGACACUACGCCGGUUACGACAUUUUCUGGCUGAUACCCCAGAAAAAAUACGGUGGGCUGCUGAAGCUGCAUGGAUUCUCACUCUUGCUUAUUUUAUAGCAUACCUGGAGACAUUGGCUAUUUCCAAUUUUCCUUAUUAUGAGUUUGUGGACCGAGAUUCUAUGUACAAAGUUGGAUCAUUGUUUUAUGCAAUCUACUUCAUUGUGAGCUUCCCAAUGUUUCUACGGAUUGAUGAGAAACCUGGCAAUAAAUGGGACUUGCCCAGAGUGGCUGUUGAUGCUUUGGGUGCUGCAAUGCUGGUCACAAUAAUACUUGAUCUGUGGCGCAUCUUUCUGGGUCCUAUUGUUCCGGUUUCAGGCGCAAAACAGUGUUCUCCAACAGGAUUACCUUGGUUUUCAGGACACGCCAAUCUCACAUGAGCAUUACUUGGACAGAACUCAGAAAAUGGAGAGUAUGGUUUCCACUACACAUUAAAGCAAUUAAAAAAUGUUGAUUGUUAUACGGAGAUCUGCAUAAGAAACAAACUUGGACUAUUUUAUUAAUGCUUGCAGUGCCAAAUUUCCUAUCUGAUAGAUGUUGUGUUUGUAGUGCUUAACAAUAAUGCAACAUGUUAGAUCUUUAAUUAAAUGUCAAAAAAUUAUUGUGAAGUGUUUUAAA